AUGAGUUUGAUUGCCAAUAUCGAUCGAAUACUUGAAAGGAACCAGCAGCUGAAAAAUGACAACCAAACACUCAGAGAUAUCGCCUUGCAAGCGGAAGAUGAUCGUAACCAAAGUGUGGAAGUCGAGGUUCAGAGGCGUUUGAAAUCGGCUGCGGAGGAGCUCCUAUCCACAAAGCAUGAACGCGACGAUUUAAGAAGAGACUUGGAAAUCGCCGAGAGAAACCUACUCCAGAGACCUGAUGACCAUUCCAAGGUCGAGCAGCUUGAGCCGAUAGUUGCACGACAGGUUGACGAAAUUCAACGGCAUGAAAAGGAGAUUCUAGAUCUAAAAGUACGACUCGGUACCAAAGGUCUCCAACUCGACAAGGUCAAAAAAGAAAAAGACCAGCUUCAAUCAACCCUCGAUAAUGCCAAUAACAAAUUUAAAGCUACUCUCGACGAUGCCAUCAAUAAUGCACAAUGUGCAGCAGCUGAGACUGAGGUCUCUCUUAGUCAGGCCAAAUCAGAUCUGGAAAAAGAGAAGAGAAAACGAGUCAGACUAAAGGAUCAGGUUAAAGAAAUGAAUGAACGUAUCCAAGAACUGGAAGUGGAGUGCGAGGACUUGGAAGCAAGGAAUGGCAGGGUCUUUUGGAGACGAUGA